UUUUUCGUGUAUUUGUGCGUUAAAUAAUAAGAGUAAUAUCUUUUUCUUUGCCAUAGAAAAUUUCGGUUUUCAAAAACAAUAGAAAUAAACUUACAGAUACACAGAAAGAUAAGAAAUAGGCUUCAUAUCCCAGACUGCUGUCUUGAAUGAAAUUGGUUAUUACUGUCUUCUAUGUCAAGUGCUGCUAAAAUUAAUAUUUGGAGGAAAAUUUGCUGAAAGUUUUUUUAAUUAAUUAAUUGAUGAAAUUUGUUUGAAAAAUGAAAAUUAUCAUUAUCGACUAUUUUUAGAAUUUUUAGCAUAACAGUAAAAAACGCCAUGCGUUUUAGAAUUAUUCAGGAAUGACUAAAUCCCUUAUGAGCCAAGAAUUGUAAUUGAAUUCGCAUAGGAUGCAUUGAUUCUGUGUCAUUUUUCCCAAAUCAUAAGAUAAUAAGAAACUUAAACAAUUUUAUUGCCAAAAAGGAAAUAGAAAUUAUUAAAAAUGGAAUCUAGAACAGAAAAGAAUGAAAGUAAAAUUCUCUCAGCCUUGAAGGACAUGGUAAGCAACAUCACAGUCGAACCCUACCUGUUCUUCUGCCAUGUGGCGUACAUUAUGAGAAUGAUCCCUUUCCAAGACUUGCUAAUGGAUAGAUCCUGCCGAAACACGUUUGAAUAUGGCAACGAUAUCUGCAGUGAUCUUAAAAACCACAAUUAUGAAAAAGAACGAGUGGUAGCGGCAGGUAACGAUCUUUACACAUGGGUUAUGCUCAUAUCCAGUCUUCCAGCCGCCAUUGUUGCCAUCUUUUUGGGUCCUUGGAGCGACAAAUACACUAGAAAAUAUCCUAUGAUCAUUGCAGCAUCAGGCUUAUUCUUGGAAUCCCUUGCCAAUACUAUUCUUACCAUUUUUCCAAAAGUUAAUCCGACAUGGUAUGUAGUUUGUGGUAUUUUUGGUGGAAUCUCUGGAGGUUUCCUCGUCUGUAUCUCGUCAGCUUUCAGUUAUGUAUCUGACGUCACUAAUGAAAGAACCAGAGCUGGUCGUUUUGCCAUUAUCGAAUUCGCCAAUUUAUCAGCCCUUGUCGUCGGUAAUCUACUUGGAGGUCAGAUUUACAAGAAAUUUGGUUACCUGGAAGUUUUUGUCGUCUGUCCAAUUUGCUACGGUGUUGCCAUACUUUAUACCAUCAUUUUUAUAAAGGAAACCAAACCUCCAGUUCCGCCAGAAAACCGCCUCCAGAUGGCCACGGACCUCUUGAGGUUAGAUAACAUCAAGCAAAGCUACAUCACAUGCUCCAAAAAAAGACCCGGGAAUUUGAGGUUCCAGAUAUUGUUAUUAUUCCUCAUAGGCACUUGGCAGAGAUUCACAGAUUUGGGAUCUGUAGCAAUUGCCUUUCCAUUUGCCAAGAAAAUGUACGACUGGGAUGUUACUGAUAUUUCCAAUGCCAACAUCAUAUUUUACACUGUGAUGGCUUUGUUAACCGUAUUAGUUCUGCCAUUUCUAAGUAAUAGAUUGAAACUGCAUGAAGCCGCUCUCGGAUUGAUUGGGAUGCUCUCUCAGAUGUCUAAAAUGUUAGUAGCUUCUUUAGCAUACAAAGACUUUAUGUUUUAUUUCGCUUGGCUUAGUGGAUGUUUAAAUAAUGCCGGUUAUAUAAGUGUGAGAGCAAGAUUAUCGAAAUUGGUUCAUAAAGAAGAAGUUGGGAGCAUAUUUUCAUUGCUUGGUACCUGUGAGUCCUUUACUCCUCUUCUUGGUUCUACAGUUUUUCUCCAAAUGUUUAAUGUUAGUGGAUUUUUCCCUGGACUUCCGUUUGCUCUUGGUGGAUUAUCCCUCAUUCCAUGCGCGUUUGCAUUUAUAUGGAUGACCGGACUUCCAACAGUAUCUCUAUCAGAUUAUGGAAGAGAAGAAGACGGGAGCAAAGUAACUCCUUUAGAAACUAUUACAUCUUCAUCGUACAGCAAACUUGAAGAAGAAAAAUUUUAAUAAAAUCAUUUUGCACUUUCUUGAUACUUGAUCAAGGCAUCAAUAUAUCGUCCAAAUAUUGAAAAGUUGAGAACCACGUAUGCUGUUGAAGCAUAUCUUGUAAAUUUUUGGAAAUAUUAUUCAUGUAAAACGUUUGUAUAAAUAUUAUAUAACCACUUUUAUAAAAAAAAAAAAAAAUUAAAAAAACACUUUUUUGGUAUUUUUCCAUUAGUGGAACAGAAAUCACAACUAAACUUAAGCAUUGGCACGAAAUGAAACCUCAGUGGAAAUAAUAAACUCAUUUGAUGAAGAAAGUUUGAAAUUUUAAAAGAAUUUUUCUUUUCUUUUUUGCUUGUAUAACAACAUGAAAUGGAUUGUUUGACUACUGUCCCGCUUAUAGAAAAGUCUCU